CUAAACUAGAGCUUCUCUCACUCUUACACAGGCUCACUCUCUCAGCAAAGAUCAAAGCUUUAGAUCUGAAGAGAACUAACCCAGAAAUCUUUGCUUAAAAGAAGAUCUGGGUGUUUAUGUAAUUUAGUCUGGUAAACUGCUGUUUCUAGCUGGUCGAUAAGACUAAGGUGAACUGCUAGAGUAAAUGGCGGUAACGGAUGCGCAAAACCCUCUUCUAGGAGAAACCACUUGUGGUUCUUUACUUCAGAAACUGCAGGAAAUUUGGGAUGAAGUUGGUGAAAGUGAUGAAGAGAGAGACAAGAUGCUUCUUCAGAUAGAGCAAGAGUGCUUGGAUGUGUACAAGAGGAAGGUUAAGCAGGCUGCAACAUCAAGAGCACAACUUCUUCAGGCCUUGUCAGAUGCCAAACUUGAACUGUCAACUCUUGUAUCAGCUCUUGGGGACAAAAAUUUUGGUGGCAUUCCAGAGAAGGCAUCAGGAACAAUCAAGGAACAACUUGCGGCUAUAGCACCAGCGCUUGACCAGCUGUGGAAACAGAAAGAGGAGAGAGUCAAGGAGUUUUCUGAUGUGCAGUCACAGAUUCAGAAGAUAUGUGGGGAAAUUGCUGGGAAUGUCAGUGAGCAAACAGGGACUCCUGCGGUGGAUGAGUCUGACUUGUCCCUCAAGAAGUUGGAUGAAUAUCAAGCAAAGCUCCAAGAACUUCAAAAAGAGAAGAGUGAUCGGCUGCAUAAAGUCCUUGAGUUUGUUAGCACCGUGCAUGAUCUCUGUGCUGUCCUUGGGAUGGACUUCUUUAGUACUGUAACAGAAGUUCAUCCAAGCUUAGAUGACUCUACAGGUGUCCAGUCAAAAAGCAUAAGCAAUGAGACACUAUUGAGGUUGGCCAAGACAGUCUCAGCUUUAAAUGAAGAUAAGAAGCAGAGGCUUCAUAAGCUUCAAGAGUUGGCAACUCAGUUAAUUGAUCUUUGGAAUUUGAUGGACACACCUGAAGAAGAAAGAAAAUUAUUUGACCAUGUUACCUGCAACAUCUCUGCUUCAGUUGAUGAAGUUACUGUUCCUGGUGCUCUUGCUCUGGAUCUGAUUGAGCAGGCGGAGGUGGAAGUUGAAAGGCUUGAUCAGCUAAAGUCAAGCAGGAUGAAGGAAAUUGCUUUCAAAAGGCAAGUGGAGCUUGAGGAAAUAUUUGCCCGUGCUCAUAUAGAGAUAGAUCCAGAGGCUGCUAGAGAGAAAAUUAUGUCUCUGAUUGAUUCUGGGAAUGUUGAGCCUGCUGAGUUACUAGCUGACAUGGAUAAUCAAAUAGCAAAAGCAAAAGACGAAGCCCUUAGUAGAAAAGAGAUAUUGGACAGGGUUGAAAAAUGGAUGUCAGCUUGUGAAGAAGAAAGUUGGCUUGAAGACUACAAUCGGGAUGAGAAUAGGUACAAUGCAAGCAGGGGUGCACACUUAAAUCUCAAGCGUGCUGAGAAAGCUCGUAUUCUGGUCAACAAAAUUCCAGGUAUGGUCGACACCUUAGUUGCCAAAACUCGGGCUUGGGAAGAAGAUCGUGGGAUAUCAUUUGCAUAUGAUGGUGUUCCCCUCCUUGCCAUGCUAGAUGAAUAUGCCAUGCUCCGGCAAGAAAGAGAAGAAGAGAAGAGGAGGCUUCGGGAUCAGAAGAAGUACCAUGAGCAGCAAAACACAGAACAAGAAGCCAUUUUCGGUUCUAGGCCAAGCCCUGCUCGAUCAGCAAGUACGAAGAAGGUGGUGGGCCCUCGAGCAAAUGGAGGAGCCAAUGGAACCCCUAGCAGACGGUUGUCUCUAAAUGCUAAUCAAAACGGAAGCAGGUCUGGCGGUAAAGAUGGGAAGAGGGACAGUAUGAGGCUGGUGGCUCCUGCCAACUACGUUGCCAUAUCAAAAGAGGAUGCUGCCUCCCAUGUUUCCGGAACCGAUCCAGUUCCAGCAUCACCCUGAUAAUAAUAAAAUGAGAGAUUUUACACCCCCUUGUCAUGCUUACUAGUGUUAUUACCAGAUGUUUAGUGUAUUGGUCCGAGUCGAAGAGCUGUUGUUCUAGGGAUAUAGUCAGUGACUGGAAGAGUAUACUGUUAUAUUAGCUGUGUAAUAUUGUGAUAUUUGGCAUUUGGAAAAGCUGGUUUUGAUUCAUAUUAUUUUGCAUUAGUCA